GCGAGCUUGCUCACUCAGAUGAAAAAUAGUAAGAGCAAAGAGAAGCUAUGUAAAAGUACUGGAAGCAUUGAGAGUGACACAGGCGCUGCCGGGACGUACAGGACCAUCAAAACCUGAGGGACAGUUAAAGCUGUCUGAAGGGUGGGACACGUCGACUCAGGAUGGCCAGAGGCACCCACUCCAGCUUUCACCUCCUCAACCGAAUGUGCAUGGUGGUGGUGCUGCUCUGCUUCCUCCACAUCUGCAUCUCCUUGGUCUUCUAUAUCAGGUCGAUGGACAUCAAGUUUACCUUUGUCCAGAACCAGCAGUCUAAUAAUGGGAUGCAUGCAAGCUGGAUCGGUCACAUCAGCAGCAGUGCCUCCAACCAUAACCAGAAUGUCCUCAGCAUCCAGGAUGACAAACAGGUCGAAGUGAACAAAGAUCAGCAGGAUGAUCUGCAAGCAUCUCCAGUGCAUCCAGAGAAGCACAGUGGCGGUACAAAGUCCAAACAUCUGGAGAAAUGCCCUGAAACAUCUCCCCUGCUGGUUGGUCCUCUAUGGGUGGAGUUUGAUAUUCAAGUCAGUUUAGAGAAGAUCAAAAAGGAAAACCCCAACGUGCUGAUGGGUGGACGUUACCGACCCAAAGACUGCAUGGCGCUGCAGAAGGUGGCCAUCAUCAUCCCCUUUCGUAAUCGUAAUGAACACCUGAAGUACUGGCUGUACUACCUGCACCCCAUCCUGCAGCGACAGCAAAUGGACUAUGGUGUUUUCAUCAUCAACCAGGAUGGAGAUGGUGCCUUCAACCGAGCCAAGCUGCUGAACAUCGGCUAUGUAGAAGCACUGAAGCAGUAUGACUAUGACUGCUUCAUCUUCAGUGACAUCGAUAUCAUCCCCAUGGAUGACCGCAACCUCUACAAGUGUUUUGGCGGGCCACGCCAUCUGUCCGUGUUAGUCGACACACUGGACUUCAGGUUGCCACAUCCUCAAUUUUUUGGCGGUAUUACGUCAAUGAAUAAGGAGCAGUUCCAGAUGGUAAAUGGCUAUCCCAACAACUACUGGGGCUGGGGAGGAGAAGAUGACGACCUCUCCAAGAGGAUUAUAUCGAAAGGCUUGACCUUGUCCAGACCUGAGAACAACAUUGGAAAAUGUCGGAUGUUCCGACAUAACAGAGACACAAACAAUGAGCCAAAUCCACAGAGAUUUAACCUUCUCAAACACACCGAAGAGACCAUGGUCAAAGACGGCCUCAACUCAUUGUCCUACAAAGUAAUUAAAAUAGAGAAAAAGGACCUGUACACCAAUAUUACAGUGGAUGUGGAGAAUCCAAGAACAUCCGUGUGAAAACAAAACAAAGCCAAAUUUUGGGGGUUUUCUAACAUUCCAUCCAUAAAGGUAUCAUCUGGGAUGCACAAGUCAUAGGCAAGCGAGACAGAGACCGUUCUCACGUCAAGUUCCAGCUCCUAGACUCUGACCGAAGACCAUCUCCACCUGCCCAGACAGCUUCCAAUUAUUUCACCCAACGCAGUCAACCUUCUGAAUUACUAAGCUCAUUUUUAGGCCCAGUGACAUGGCACACAGUGAUAGCUGAACGAAGGAAAAAAGUCACAAAUCGUCGAGGAAAGGUGGGCAAAUGAUCCUGCACCACCCCCAUCACCAAAAAGCUUGCAAAUCAAGACCGCAAAAAAGAAAUGAAACAAAACUGAAACUAAGGAAAGAAAAACUAAGCGAACGUCGACCUCAAUGCUUUAAAUGAAAUCAAAACGAAACAUUCACAAUGAUGUGACUGACAGCAAGUAUGAGACCGAGGGCAGCCAGCCCUGUGCUCAUGUCUGCAGUACUUGCAGGGGCGGGAUUUGGUUGUUUUGACAAUAGGUGAGAGUUGUUGUUGGUCUUCAACAAUGUGUGUGCACAUGCAGCCCAGCCACACAUGGCUGGAAUGUGCGUAAAUCAAAUCAAAUCAAUUUUAUUUAUAUAGCGCCAAAUCACAACAAACAGUUGCCCCAAGGCAAAAUAGUUAAAGUAAUUGAUCAAACGUUCUUACUGCGAUUGUUUCUGUAUGACAACAUUGCUUUCCAUCCCACACAUGGACGAGUCAUCAGCAAUACAAGGAUGUUAUGUGCAGCUCGUUGGAGCUUUAGUUAUUGAUCCAUUCAGAUAUAGUCAACAUUCAUGCAAGACGUCGGAGUUGGGAGGUUGGAACACUUUGGAUGACAGUCAGACGGAACACCGACGUUACGGAAACUACUCAAAAUGAUGAGGAACUGUCAACACAGAAAGCAAAAUGGAAUACAGGUGAAUUGAGGUCAUCGUCGGGAUUCGUUCACAUUUUUCAAGUGUUUGAAAAUUCUGAUGAAGCACCAGCUGCAGGAACAAAGCUGGACGACAGUUAAACAAUGCCUCUGAAAGUCAACGUAAGUCCAGAUUUCUUGUUUUGUUUGGGCUUCAGUGUCCUUCGUUAGUACCGUGCGACUGGGGCUUUAGUUAGACAGCACAAAAUCGCAAGUCGCUCCAAGGAGCUUCACAAGGGUAAGGUCCAGCCAUACGUGUGCCCCAGAGCAAACACCGUGGCAACAGUGGUCAGGAAAAACUGCCUCAGGUGAUUUUUGGAAGAAACCUCAAGCAGACCAGACUCAGAGAGGUGACCAUCUGCUCUGACAAAACUACCAAUAACAAACAAGGACUUACAACACCAAAGCAGAAAAUGUUAGGACAGUAUGGAAAAGGAAAAACAAAAAACAGUGACUCUUACAUUUGUUUUGACUUUUAUUUCAUUGCAGAGAGUAUGAGCACAAGAUAUUUCAUGUUUUGUGUUGUCAACUUCAUUUCAUUUGCUCGUGUGUAUAUAUCCAUUAAGGCCUGCAACAUAUUCUAAAAAUAGUUGGAACAGGGGCAGCUUCCCUCACUAUUCUCCUUUCAACACGCUCGCUCAGUUUUUGAGAACCGCUUACUUGACACAGAUUUGCCAUCCUCACCCUAACCCUCACUGUUUGUGUGUCUUAAUGAUUGAAGGAAAAGAAGCCUAAGGUGUAUUCAAUGAUGUGAAAAUGUUCAUGUGUUCAUCCCCAGACUUCUCUCAUGAAAAACUGGCUGUAAAAGUCAUGAUUUAAUCCUUAUAUUUGGAACAAGCUGAAGGGUGGGUUUGAAAAUGAAAAUUUCAUCUUCCUCAAAAAAGCUAUCAGCUCCCACUUAUCCUCGUUCCAGAGAACUGUUAGAGAGUGACUAAAGCUGCCUCAAGAACAGACAGCUGCUAAUAUAUAGUGAGGAAAAUAAGUAUUUGAUCCACUGUCGAUUUUGCAGGUUUUCCCACCUAC